CACGCAGCACCUCCAGCCAUUCCUCACGCAUUGCUUGGAGCAUUCAAACAUUACCUCCCAAUUCCACGUCCGACUCUAAACAUCGACCAUGGCACCCCGCGCCAUUGUUAGCGUGAUGAUGCGCCCGGUCCGCACACCCAUGACGCUGUCGGCACGGCGGAAGCUCACAACUACGCCACGCAUGGGCAUCAAAGAAGACGCAAUUCGCAGCGCGGACCAGGUCGAGCAGGCAAAGCAGGAUCAGCUCAAGGAACAGGCACAGGGCAAGGGCCGAUGGCGCGAGGAUCUUGCCAGCUCGGGCGAGAGCAGCAUUGCGGCAGAUCGGCAGCAAGUCGACGACCACGGCGAACACAUGAAGGAGCUGCAGCACGAGGGCAAGCAAAAGGGCGAAAAGGGGGAGUUGUAAGCUGGCGGGCGGCGGGCGGCGGGCGGCUGGCGGCGGGCGGCAUGGAGACUGGGGAGCUGUUCCGGGCCUCCGCGAGCGCCGGUGGCUGCUAGCGGCGUGGUUAGGUUGCGGCGGCUGCAUGGAAUGGCAAUGAUGAAGAUGACAAUAGACAGGAUUUGUACAUUAUACAGCAACAUGUGGCAGUGGGUGCAUAUGCCAACGCAGUCUACUUGUACUUGGUAGAGUCUCGGCCAGAGCCGCCAUGCAUGGGGUUGCUGUGGCUGUGCAAAUGUGCACGCGGGCACGAGCUACACCUCCAGUACAUGCAAGCAGUUAGCGGCAUGGCAGGAAAUUUGCAUCCAC